AUGGCACCUAAAGCAUCGGUUUUAACAAAUUUCACCAAAGUAUGUAUGGACAAAAAUAAUAUUGAAAAUCAAAUAGACAAGAUCUUGAAAAAAUAUCCUGUAACAGAAUCCGAAAAUUAUAAACAAUGGUUAUUAAAGGCUGUUAGUUUAAUAGAUUUGACUACACUCUCAGGAGAUGAUACAAGAUCUAACGUCAGUAGAUUGUGUCGAAAGGCUGCUUAUCCCCUUUAUACUAAUGUUGAAGAAAUAAAAACAGCAGCAGUGUGUGUUUAUCCGAACAGAGUUAAAGAUGCCUAUGAUACUAUCAAUCGGAUGGGACUUACAAAUAAAAUUCAGAUAGCUUCAGUUGCCACAGGCUUUCCAUCAGGUUUGUAUCCACUAGAGACAAGAGUACAAGAAAUUAAAUUUGCUGUGGAAAAUGGUGCUACUGAAAUAGAUGUUGUUAUUGAUAGAAGUUUAGUUCUGACUGGACAGUGGGAUUUGUUACAUGAUGAGAUUGUACAAAUGAAGCAAGCUUGUGGAAAUGCACACCUUAAGGUCAUACUUGGUGUUGGUGAACUUGGGACUUAUGAAAAUGUUUACAAAGCAUCUAUGGUUGCAAUGUUGGCUGGUGCUGAUUUCAUAAAAACAUCGACUGGGAAAGAAUCUGUUAAUGCGACACUUCCAGUGGGCUUGGUUAUGUGCCGAGCUAUCCGACAUUUCUAUCAGAUGAAAGGAGUUAAGGUAGGACUGAAACCCGCUGGGGGUAUAAAAAUGUCGCGAGACGCCGUGAAUUGGUUGGUUUUGAUUUACAGCGAGCUAGGUCCAGAAUGGCUCACCCCUGAAUUAUUUCGCAUUGGAGCUUCUAGCCUUCUCGAUGUUAUAGACGAAGAUUUAAGAAAAUUGAACGAU